AUGCAGUUCGCCAACACCCUCGCCGUCGCGGCCUCCUUCGUCGCUGCCCCGCCAGAACGGCACCACCAACAGCACCGCUCCCGCUACUUCCAGCUGAUGGCUCUCCGCUCCGCCAGUCCCGUGCACUUCUCCCCCUUCCAGGCCGCCAAGAGCAGCAUCUUCCUCCAGCUCCCCAGCCAGAACGCGAGCUGCGACGACAGUGAGCCCAAGGACGCCGCCACCUUCUACCUCGACAACGACGGCGGCCUUUUCCUUUACGCCGCCUCCGCCACGCCCCAGCAACUCUACGCCGACCGCUCCGGCAUGGGCCAGGGCAAGCUUGGCUACACCACCGGCGCCCAGCCCGCGCCCCGCAACGGCGAGCGCACCGGCUUCACCAUUGACCGGUACGGCGACCUUACCCUCAAGGGUUCCAGCUUCGUCGCCUGCCCCGACAGCAUCGAGGGCUCGUGGUCCGUCUGGGUCAGCGCUGGCAUUGCCAACCCCGCCGGCAACACCGGUUGCCUCGGCGUCUCUGCCCGCGCUGUCGAGGUUGCUCAGCCCGACAGCUGCACAUACACCCAAUAA